UUUUCGAUUACCUCCCUUUGUUAUCCAAACAUGGCAGACUGGGAACAGAUCGCCCGCGAGCACCGAAAGGAACAGAAGGAGAAGAUUCCGUCAGCAUGGCUCUUGGACAAUGACAAGUUAGACCAGCUUCGCGGCGCCGGCACGACAGAAGAGGGUCGCCUCAUCGGUCUCCAAGCAGCAAAGAACUCGGGCAUUCUCGACAGCAGAGAAAUCGACAUAACCGAGAACUACACGGCUCGCGAGCUAGUGCGGUACCUUCGGCUGGGAGCACUCAGCGCCGAGAAAGUGGCAACUGCGUACUGCAAGCGAGCAGCCGUUGCCCAGCAGUUGACUUUCUACCUCACCGAGAUAUUUUUCGAAGACGGAAUCGAAAGAGCUCGAUGGCUCGACCAGCAGUUGCGAGAAACUGGCAAAGUCCUUGUUCCCCUCCAUGGCUUGCCAAUCAGUCUCAAGGACAGCUUCCACGUAGAUGGACACUCUGCGACAGUGGGCUAUGUCGAGUUCGUCAAGCAAGCCCCUCCCAAAGGCAAUGCGGCUCUUGUCAAGCUGCUUCUUGACGCAGGAGCGGUUCUCUAUUGCAAGACCAAUAUUCCACAAACAAUGAUGACUUGCGAUUCCGAGAACAACAUCUUCGGCCGAACACUCAACCCGCACAAUACCAAGUUGACAGCCGGUGGCUCAAGUGGAGGCGAGGGGGCGCUCGUAGCGUUCCGUGGAUCACCUUUGGGCAUCGGUAGCGAUCUGGCCGGUUCCGCACGCAUCCCAGCUUUCUGCUGCGGCUUGUACGGCUUCAAGGUAACCGUGGAUCGUGUACCUUUCUCAGGGCAGUCUCUCUCCCCAUGGCCGAUCAACUGGAUGUCGACUGUCAUGCUCGCUCUCGGUCCGUUGGCCACUUCAGCCGACGACUUGUCGCUCUUCAUGGAGGAAGUUGUGACUAGGCUCAACCCGUGGAAGCACGACGGCACCGCGAUCAAUCUCUCCUGGAGAAGCCUCGACGAGCCUCGAUCGAAACCCUUGACGAUCGGCAUCUUGCCCGAAGAUCCCGAAUAUACUCUACACCCUCCUGUACGCCGGAGUCUGGCUGAAGCAGCAUCCGCUCUCGAGAAAGCUGGACACAAAGUUGUACAUCUUGCACCUGAGGCCAAGCGUAACGCGGCUCUUGGUGCGAGAAUCUCGUAUCAAUACUUUAGCAUCUCUGCACCAGCUGUUGCCGACUUUGGAGAGCCUUUCGUUGCCUCUGCUGCCAAAGGAAUGCACCCAUUCUCUACCGGAGACUUCCCUCAACAACACGAUCUUGACAUUGUAUUGGCUCCUGGUGCAUUAUGCACAGCCGUCCCACACGACACUUUUGGCCUCCCCGUGUAUACAGUCAUGUGGAGUUUGAUUGACUACCCUGCUGCAGUCAUUCCCUUUGGCACUGCAUCCGCGACGCGAGACUCUGAGCCACAAAAGGCCAUCGCGGAGUUUGUGCCUGAUUAUAUCCCCGAAGCUACUGAUGGCGCACCUUGUGCAGUCCAGGUUAUUGCGCCAAGGUUCCGCGAUGAAGAGUGUUUGGAAGCUGUCGGCAUCAUUGACAAGAUCCUCAACGCUCGACAUCAAUAA